UAAGCAUCAGGGAUCACUGUUACAGAAUCGUGGGAGCUGAAGGUUUACAAGCGCCUCUUCUGCCAAAGAGUGCUGGUCCCACACCAGGAUGCCAGGACAGUUCAAAGUGGUGCCAAACUGCACUGAUUUCACAGUGUGGAUGCACUCUAAGACCCAAGUGGGAGGCAGAGCCGAGUUCCUCAUUCUUGGCUGCGCCUCUCGGUCCAAAAUGACUCAAAGGAAGCAAAGGAAGGCCGGGCAAAGGCAGGGCGGGGGCCGGGAAAAGGAGGAGGAGGAGGAGGAGGAGGAGGCAGGCAGGGCUCGAAGGCUGGCGUUGAGAAGCAGCCUCCUCCUCCUUUCCUUCACUCCAGCCCCGCUGCUUCCCUCCCUUCCUCAGCACCACAAUCCCUCUGAUGUAUUCUGCUGUGGAUACAUCCUGCAAGAAGGCUCACAUCCAAAGGAUGGACUCACACACAAGAAGCGGCUUGCAGUAUGUUCUCAAGUCGCUUCUGAAACGAUUAAAAAAAAAUACCACAACAUAUGCUUCCCACUUUGCAGUGCCGUCAUGAAUAAAUCAUCCGAUCUCCUGGAGCAUGUUUUCUGCAAGAGCCACUGUCUGAGUCAAGGUCUGUUUCAUUCUACAGGGGCCACCCACUUGCCUGUCUGCCAAUCAAAAUGGAUUCGGUUGGUGGGAUGGACCCUCUUGCUGUGA